AUGACAACAAACUCCUUCCAAACCCCACCCUCAAACAAAAUCGGCCUCUUCUCCCCAGGCGGCCCAACACCAACCUUCAACCCGCCACCAACCCCGUCAACCCAAAACUACCGCCUAAACCACCUGGCAAUCCGCAUCAAAGACCCCUCCCGCUCCCUCCACUUCUACGUCGACCUCCUCGGCAUGCGCGUAAUCUUCACCAUGAACGCCGGCCCCUUUACAAUCUACUACCUCGGCCACCCGCCGCCCGGCACCAAAGCUGAGGAUCUAGAUACCUGGGCGAAGAAAACGAGUGAGAUCCCCGUUAUGACGCGGACGAGUGGGUUGCUCGAGUUAUAUCAUGUGCAUGGUACGGAGGAGGUGUGUUCGGGUAACGUACCGCCGCAAUUGGGGUUUGCGCAUCUCGGGUUUACGGUGCCGGAUGUUAAGGAUGCGGUGGAGAGGUUGAGGGGGGGUGGGGUGAGGAUUUUGAAGGAUAUGGGGGUUUGUGAGAGGGAGAGUGUUCCGUUGUCCGAGUGGGAGAGGGAGAGGGGGGUUGGGGAGGGGGAUAUUCAUGAGAAUUAUGCUUGGUUCUUUGAGAAGUUUGCUAUGGUCGAGGAUCCGGAUGGUUACUCGGUUGAGUUGAUACCCCAAGAUAUCUAG